AAAAAAAUGCUACCCAUUGAGCAAGAUGGGUAUAGGGAGGUGGCUGUUGAUUGCGGAGACGAACUUCCAGAGUUAAAUAACGACCAGCUUCAAGAGUUUUUUGCCACGAAAGCAAUGAAGAUGGAAGUUUGCAACGUGAUUGGGAGAAUAGUUGUCAAUUUCCACGACGGAACCGGAAAAUACCUGGGCAAACGCGAUAUUGGCCAAUCCGAUAGCUUCUCAGACUGCUCUAAAAUGUUGGCAUGGGUCGACGUCAGUGGAAGAGAUGAAAUCAAAACUGGUCACGUUGAAUUUGUUCACAAAGUGUGCGAAGAAAGGAGUGCUUACUGGAAUUGAUUUGAACAGAAAUGCAAUAAUUUUGGACCAAGUUAACACCAUCUCCCCUAAACUUGGUUCUU